GGGGAUGAGCCGGAGGGGGAGGGGAAGUGGAGCCAAGGCUGUGCGGGUGGGGAUGAAAAGAUGGGCGAAAGGUACAUGGUUCGGGUCCGAGCUGUGGUGAUGGCCCGAGAUGACUCCAGUGGGGGCUGGCUGCCUGUGGGGGGCGGGGGCCUCAGCCAGGUGAGCGUGUGUCGGGUCCGAGGGGCCAGGCCCGAGGGGGGGGCCCGCCAGGGGCACUUCGUCAUCCACGGGGAGCGCCUCCGGGACCAGAAAACGACCUUGGAGUGUACCCUGAAGCCAGGCUUGGUUUACAACAAGGUGAACCCCAUCUUUCACCACUGGAGCCUGGGCGACUGCAAGUUUGGGCUGACGUUUCAGAGUCCUGCAGAGGCCGAUGAGUUCCAGAAGAGCCUGCUGGCUGCGCUGGCCGCGCUGGGUCGAGGCUCACUUACCCCCUCCUCUUCCUCCUCCUCCUCCUCCCCUUCCCAGGACACCGCAGAGACCCCCUGCCCUCUGACGGAAGCGCUGGAGUCUCUGUCCCAAAGCCUGAGAGAUCAGUACUGCUGCCGCCGCUCCCUCCUUCUCAAGCGCCUGGACGUCACAAUGUCUGCUUUCCACUGGAGCGAUCGGGCAGAGGCCCAAGGAAAGGCCAUGAAGGCAGUGCUGAUCCCCAUUCGAGAGGUUUUGACUGCGGAAUCAGACAUCUCCAUCGCUCAUGUCCUUGCUGCCCGAGCCGACCUGUCUCGUCUUGUCCCAGCCACCAGCGUGGCUGCUCGCAGAGGGACCCGCUGUGCUAUCAACAAGGUGCUUAUGGGCAACGUGCCUGACCGGGGGGGCCGCCCAAAUGAACUGGAGGCCCCCAUGCCCAGCUGGCGGAGCCGAAGAGAAGACGGAGGAGGGCGAAAGACAGGCCGCCAGGGCUGGGGCCGCAAGAAGAAGAAGUAAAGGGGACCGGUGGUUGUGGGGGGGAAUCCUCCAGGAGAUGCUGAUGCUGUUGGACAUCUUUGGGGAGUCUCAGGGUUUCCCUCAGCACCCCAGCCCCCCCACCUCCUGCACCUGAGGCCCCAAAUGUCCUACCCUCAUCUACCAGUCAACGCCAGGAACCGUGUUCUCUGGAAAAUAAAUUUAAUUUAUGACAGUU